GCAUAGAAAAAAUUUAAAAUUAUUAGCCGCUGAUAAUGUUAUUUUAAAAAAAUAUACCUUCUUAUAAUAGAUAUUAAAUUGAGUAUUUUAGGAAACGGGCUUACUGUGGUAGUGAGUAUUUUCUCCAAAUUUGUUGGCAAUGCAGUAAAAAGUUUAAUUUAUAUUUCUUUGGUUGCAGAGUUAGCGUGUGUAAUGCAGCAAUGGCGAUGAGGACGGCGCUACUCUGCGCUGUGUUCCUAUUUCAUUACGCAAAUGCUGAGCUGAGAGGUAGAUGUCCAGCGGAAGAAGGCCCAUGUCCAGCGCGUGCAACCCCUUGUAACUCCGAUGAUGAAUGCGGGGAACAAAUAUGUUGCAGUACAACAUGUGGGCGCGCCUGCAUCGAUCCCCUUUAUACUGGCUGUGAGAACGUAAGACUGUCCUCCGAACGGAUAUCCCGAGCGCUUGCAGCGGAGAACAGUCGCGGUGGUCGUGGAUUACUGAAAGCGGUACGCACCCCCCGAUGUCGCACCUCCGACGGAGAGUUCGAGGAGAUACAAUGCGACAAUGAGAUAGUCAGCUCGUGUUGGUGUGUUGACGCAGCUGGAUUUGAAGUGCCGGGCACCCGCGCCCCAGCCGCUGGUCUGGUGAAUUGCACCCGAGUAUCACCUUGCGCGGCACAUACGUGCCGAAUGCUGUGUCCGCUCGGCUUUGAACUGGAUGCACGCGGUUGCCCGCUAUGCAAGUGUCGUGACCCUUGCGCAUCCGUCACUUGUCCUGGACAACUCUCGUGCCAAUUAGAGGAGACUCCCUGUUUGAGACCACCAUGCCCACCUGUACCUACAUGUAAAAGAGGUCGCAGUUUACAGAACAUUUGCCCUGCUGGAGAGCCUUUGCUCAUAUCAGAAACAAGUCGGCCGUAUUUAUGCGGAACGGAUCCUGGAAAACCAAACUGUCCACCUCUUUAUAGAUGUCUCGUUGAAUCAGGAAAUGACUAUGGCGUCUGCUGUCCAGCUUCUCUGGAACUACAGAAAGCAGGCACAUGUCCAGAACCGGAUAGUGAGGAAUUAGAAUGUGGCGCUCCCUGUGCACAUGAUUUGGAAUGCCCAUCAAUGCAGAAAUGCUGUGACGGUGGAGACUGUGGAAGACAUUGCACCUUACCACAUAAUGUAACCAUGUGCACGCAACAGAAAAUGUUAGCAGAAUUGCUCGUCGUCAGUGAGAGAGAAGGGAAGGGAUACGUGCCGCAGUGCGCGAAUGAUGGUUCCUUCCAGUCCAGGCAGUGCUCUAGAAACGGAUUGGUUUGUUGGUGUGUUGACUCGGAAGGCAACAAAUUGCGAGGUUCCAUGGGUCCGUCACCGGGGGUACAGUGUCCAAGUUCUCCAAGACCUGCGCGCUCAGGUGCCCGCAGCUUAACAACUUGCAGCCGCGCACUCUGCGCUGGCGUCUGCGAAUACGGCUACAGGACCGGCGCUGAUGGAUGCCCUACUUGCGAGUGUGAUGACCCUUGCGCUGGCUUCCCCUGCCCCGAUGGCGAAGAGUGCGUCAGAGUCAGAGACGCGGAAUGCUCUGGGGACUUGUGCACUGGCUAUCCCGUUUGUAGACCUAAGGUAUCAUACGAGAACCCAUGCGACGUGGGUGUCCCGGCGACGGACGAAGAGGGCAGCGUGAUUGGUUGCGACGCAGAUCUUGAUUGUCCUGGAGGACACUCCUGCACCAGUUCCCGGCGCAGUAGCGCCGCCGUCUGCUGUCCAGAGAACUAUUCGGACAAUUCUACGGAUUCCGAAUCCACCGAGUCAAACUUAGAAUCGUGCAGCGUGGAAGCUGAAGCUCUAUGCGGUAUGAACACUACCAUAUCUUGCCCUGAAGGUUCAUGUGGCAAUGAUCUGGUCUGUUGCUCCGCCAACUGUGGUCCCAUUUGUGUAGACCCCGCCAAGAUGCGGCUACAGACUGACAGAGUCGACGAUACACCUACAAUGUGCGAAUAUCUGCGUGAUUUUGACGAAAAGAUGGAAGGUACAGUGGACGGUAUGAAGUUAGCGUUACCGCCGCCUUCAUGCCAAUCGGACGGAUCGUUCGCGCCGCAGCAAUGCGCUAACGGACGUUGCUGGUGCGUAGACUCCUUCGGCACCGAAAUACCGGAAACCAGCACCAAUAACGCUUCCUCCGUGGAUUGUGACAAGGCUCUAGCGCUACAUACUGCGGCGGAAAGCGGCAGCCCUCCAUCAUGGACUUGGGUGCCGACUUGCAAAGACGAUGGCUCCUACGAAACCGUUCAGUGUAAGGGAACUGACAAAACUUGCUGGUGUGUUGAUUCUGCAGGAAACGAGAUUGCUGGUACCCGAACCUCAAAUUCAACUCCAAACUGCAACAAGCCGGCAGAAUGCCCCGCAGCUGGAUGCAAUGAAGAAGAAAUUUGCGUUCACGGACGUGAACUAGAUAGCAAAGGGUGUCCCACGUGCGUUUGCAGAGAUCCAUGUUCCGAGGCUAAAUGCAGGGAAGACGAGACAUGCGAACUUGUUCCCUUGGACUGCGAGGGCGAAUUUUGUCCGCCGCUAGCGAGAUGCGCACCAUCACCGCAAUGCCCUGAUGGUGGAACACCGUUGCUAGCCCCAGGAGGGACGAGCGCGUUAUCAUGUGGACCACGUGCUGCCGCAUGCCCCUCCACACAUGCAUGCCGAUUCGCACCGCAUGACUCCACGCCCGCUGUCUGCUGCCCAAAGCCGCGCACCGUAUGUUUUGAAAGUAAAGACGAGGGGGCAUGCUCUGAUACCGAGGGGCUUAAUGCCACCCGAUGGCACUUUAACCACGAACGCAAUCGCUGCGAGCGAUUCAAAUACCACGGCUGUUCCGGCAACCACAACAACUUCCGUACCAAAGAGGAGUGCAACGCUGUUUGUCCUGUGCUAAGCCCUUGUGAAAGACUACGAGAGAAAAACGAAGCAGCUACCCAGAAGUAUGGCAAAGGAACCUUCAUUCCUGUUUGUGACGAGAGUGGCGCUUGGGAGUCUGUGCAAUGCAUGGCACAUAUCGACGUUUGCUGGUGCGUGAGUGCACGCGGAGAGCCUCUCAAGGGAUCGUUAGUCCGAGGUGCUAAACCUUCAUGUAACUUCAGACAAGCUCGGAAGUGGGUCAGACGCGACCCGCUUGAUGAACGAGCUCGAGCAGAUGAAGUAUUAGAAGAACUAAUUAGACAAAUGACUGCAUAUCGAAUGGAUGACUUUAAUUAUGACGACGAAGAAAUGGAUAUCGAUCUUGAACCGGAAGCACGAGAACCAGCAAUAGAUACUUCCACAGAUAAAGAGAAAGUAUUGAACGACGACGCGACUAUUCUCUCUGAGGUGGUAGAGCCAAAAGUAAUAGAGGUGACCAAAAAUACAGAAGUGGAAAUAAAAACUGAAAAGAGUGUGUUUAAAACCAAAUGCCAAUUAAUGCAAGAUGAAAGUGAGAAUGGAGGCGAUGGUCCUCGGCCUCGUUGUCUAUCAGACGGGUCGUUCUCCCCACGUCAAUGCUCGCGGGGACGUUGUUGGUGCGUGGACGCAGCGGGACAACGGCGCACGCAAGUCGGUUCAGUUCCUGACUUACCCGAUCCAGACCCAUGUGAACCUACGCAAAUUGAGUCAGCGUUAUUAGAGUUGGAAUUUGUUGGAGUCGAGACCCCGGAGGCGGAGCGGGCUCGGUCAGCUCUCACUCAUCACCUGAGCGCUUUGGGUGCUCGGGUCCCCGUCAGCAUUGCCAAAGAAAAAACUAUGGUGAAAUUGCGGGCUACACUUACCGGUGCCCGCGCUGUCGACGUCGUUUAUAAUAUCGAAAAAUUGGUAAAGCAAGAGAAACUGUCUGGCAAGAAAAAAGGUGAUGAAGCGACGCUGGGCGCAGACGUGAUCCGCAGCGAGUAUCGACUCUCAAGUCUUCCGCUCACGUUACAUCAACGGGAAAUACUCACAGAAUCGACUGUGUCAGCUGCGACGUCUUACCACACAGCGCUGAUAGUCCUCGCGGCGACAUCGGCGUUCAUCAUCAGCGUUCUAUGCGUCCUCGUCAUGCUAUACAGAGCGAGACUACAGAGGGAACCUCACAAAGCAGAGAGGUUCCUUCCAGCUGCCCCCCCUGUCUACGUUCUCUCUGCUGACGAGAAAGCAGAACUGGCUAGAGUAUUACACGCUCCUCCACCCCCCGUACCCCCCCAGAACAUAGAUGACAACACGAGAGUAUAACUUCUAUAAGCGUUUACGUUACUUAAAUAUAGUACAGGUGCUUAGGGUCCAAUUUAGCGUCUAGUUUUGGGUAACGUAGAUGCAGGUUCAAUUGGCAUGGUCCUUCGAGCCGGAUACGAGAACUGUUUCGAGAUGCCUUCUUUAAAGAAAAGAUAUGAAAGAAAGGAAAGAUAUGAGAUAAAUGUUAUUUAUUAUUUAAUUCAACUUGAGUUUGUAUGUAUUACCAAAUAAUUUGUUUCGUAUGGAGAACACUCAAAGAUAAAAAUUGUAAAACUAAUUAUUGAUUUCUUAAACUUAUUAUUAUGUUCAAAUAUUUACAAAAAAACAUCAAUAUCUUUCCUGCAUUUAGAUUUAGGCUAAAUCGAACAGAAUGCAAGCGUCGAGUAGUGAUCAUGAAGAUAGACGCCUCAUAAUUUUUUGUGUCUUUUGCCAGGGCUGCUCUGGGUGACAUUAUUAUAUCAACAUAAUGCUGGCAAUCUUCAACAAACUAUGCCUUAUAUAUAAGACUUAUUUAGAUUUCUGUAAAGAUUCUUGCAAAUAUAUACUUAAUACAGGUGAAAUACAUAGGGUACCAAAUAGGAACCAAGUGAAGUAGUAAACGUAAUACAUUAUUCUUUUAGAUUUUAUAAUCAGUAUUUGAAAGUGUUCUUAAGAGCUAUAUAUUACAUGAGCACUAGCACUAAAGUCGUUAAAUACAAAUUAAACAUAAAAACCGCAUUAUAUAUAAAAUAUCCUUACAGCCAGUUGCACAAACGUGCAUUAAAAUUUUCAUGAGUUUAAAGUGACAUUACCGAUACAAAUUUGACAUUCAUUAGAGCUUAAAGCCGUCAUUAAGCCUUAAUGGACGUUUGUGCAACUCACCGUUAGUUUUUGAAAUUAGUAAUUUAUUGAAAAAAUAAGAAAUGUCAGUCGUUCGUUUCAGUUUAUUUCAAAAACUAUGAAAGUGUUCAUGUAAUAGGGUUAAAUAAUUUGGAAGACUUAUAUCUAGAGAUCGCUUGCGUAAAGGAUUAAAGUUUCUAUGGUGAACUAAAAGAUCAAGUGAAGAGUGAAAUUUCAAAUAUUUAUUUUCUAGAGUAAAGAAAUAGGACAAUGGUACAAUUUGUGUAAAAUAUGAGUCUUUUAGUUCAUCAAUAGAACUCUGCAAUUAUUCUUUGAUCAGCAAAUCUAAUUAAUAAGUAUUACUCUGGCGGUGAAGAGAUUUUCUAGUUAAGUUUUUUAUCUAAGUAGGUUACUCAGCGCAAAGGCGUGCGUCUGUAAUGCACGCCUUUACGCUCUUUAGUUUCUUUCAUCGAGCUAUGUCGGGAAAGGUCUGGAUAUAAAUGUUGUCAAGCUUAUUAGGAGUACAGUUAUAAUAAACUCUUUAAUUCAAGAGAUGCGAUAUUAAUAUCCGUAUAUAGAACAAACACUUCUGGCUUUAAUAUUAAAAACACAAGUUGUUACAAAGAAGGGUGCAAAACCAAAUCUCUUAUAUGAAAUUGGUCAGAACAAAACAUUAUUUCAAAACUUAAAACAAAUAACGCAAUUGUAUCAUACCUAUCACUGAAUUAACAGGACUUAUUUUGAUUUCUUAUUCUUCAAAUAUGAACUUGAAUUUUUUCUCCGUUAGGUGCUAUAAGUCCUCCCGCAUCUUUUCUGUAUCACAUACAUCUAUGUGAUACAGAAUAGAUGCGGGACGUAAUGCAUAAAAUUGAUUAUUAUCUAGCGUUAGGUGCACUUUUAAUUGGGUGGAGGAUAUAAUUUUUCAUAAAAUAAUUAUGAUACCAUUAAUUUAUACAAAAAAAAGGGUUAUAUCUUGCCUAGCAACGACCGUGGCUCGACGUAGAACUAAUCUAGUCUUAUUCAUUGAAAAAUCUUUUAUUACUUUUUUUACUCUAUCAUCAAUCAUCAUUUUGUUAUUUAUAUUUGUAAAUAAUUUCUAUUUAUCUAGGUACUUCAUUUACCCAUCAUCUUCAAAUCUCAACAUUGUAAAAAUCAAUCAUCAUCGUCAUCAUUUACUUAUUUAGUAUUAAUUCUACAUAACUUCCAAUUUAAAGUAUUGAAUUCUAGCAAUAUAGACUUUUUCAUAUAAUGUAUGAUAUUGACUAUAAUUAAAGUAUAAUUUUUCAAACACCUGUAUAUUAUUUUGUGUGGAUUAUCAUGAGUUGGAAACCCAAUCGAUAGCUAGGAUUGUGUUCUUGGCGUCAGAUGCAUAGUAAGUAUUUUUUGCUUUUAUUACCUACAGAUAAAAUAUAAAAAUAAAUCACUUAAUUCUACGAGUAUUUACACUUCAUUGCACACUAAAAUGUAUACAAAUGGCGGACUUAAAGACAUCUAUACUAGUCAACCGGAGAAUUGUUUAGCGAAGGUGGAGCAAAAACGGAGAGAAG